AUGUCAACAAGUCGUAAGGCCGAAGGCAGGCUGCGAUUUCGAACAGAGUGCGGUUCAGGACAAAGGAAGGUUCGUCAUGCAUGUCAGCGUUGUCGGCGACAGAAGUUGAAAUGUGACACACACCGCCCCUGCACUCUCUGUGCACGAGCGAACGUUGAAUGUCUCCCUACUCGCCCUGAUCCAUGGCGGUCGGAUGUGCACAAUGAAAUGCUGGAAGCCGCCUUAGAGGAACCAGACCUAGCCACUAGGGCUGGAAUGAAACGCAGUCGAACUGCGCAAAUGCGAUCUAUGCCUGCAGUGCACCUGGGGUUAGAAAAUUCGAUGCCGGAGGGUGAAGAUGAACACACGGACAGAGCCACUCCCUCCAUUGGAAAACAAGCAGGGUCUCAUGAUACCGUCUUGAACGAGCAAGAAUUAUGGAACUCAAGUUCCACAAUGGACUUAGUGGAAAAGGCAUUUCACUACCACGAUUCUCGGUCUCCCGAGGCUAGAAUGGUUUCGGCUUUCUCUGGGACACAAGUCGAGGAACCUGAACAUUCUGACACUCUCGUGACCGGAUCCAGAGACAGUGUCGGUUUCUGCACCGCAGGCAGUGUCAAAACUUCAUUCGCCAAACCCCUUCAUCACUUCGCAGUAGAUCUCGUCGCUUGCCUUCCGUCACGGGAGGUGGCAGAUCUCCUCGUGGACACAUAUUUUGACCGAGUUCAUUGGUUUCUGCUGGUCUUCCACCAAGAUGAGUUCCGCCAUAGAUUUGCACAGUUGUACAGAGAUUCACAAGUUCCGGUCACUGUCAAACAAGGCGAAGUUGGAUUUACCAGUACGCUUCUCGCUGUCAUGGCUCUCGCUCUCCAAUAUAUCGGCGAGUAUCGACUUCAACUUUUAUCUCAUUUGAAGGUUGAUGCGCAGAUCUUGCAGGACAAAAUUUUUUCCACGCUACGGACAAGAGUUCUUGAUGUUGUCUCUCUUGGCUCAUUAGAAGCGGUGCAAACUUGCAUAUUACUUGGGAGCUAUUUUCUAUAUCAUGGUGAUCCUGGACUGGCUUGGCCAAUAUGUGGUUGCGCCUUACGGAUCGCACAGGCACUCAAUCUACAUCGACGGCUACCGCUGACCGCGAGCACCCCAGCCUCAGGAACAUCAAAACCUCGCAGGUCAAACGAGGUCCGCAAGCGAUGCUGGUGGGCUGUUUACGAAAUUGAAACUUUCUGCUCCAUGCUUUAUGGCCACCCGCACAGUAUAUUGGAUGCGGAUUGUGAUGUCGAAUUCUUGGAUGCUUCAGCUAAACCGGCAAUGUCUAAGAAUCCACGUUCAUUCAACGAGCCUUUGAGCUGCGAGACUACCCUGCUGUCGUACAAGUACUUCAUGUCCAGAUUAUCCAUCCUUAUUCGAGCCGCCUUAACGGAGCUUUACGGUGUGAACCGAAACUCCCCAAAUGGAUGGAUCUCGGGCGCUGGAGACCAUGCCUCUCGCUUGCAGGUGCUCGUUGAGAAGGUGACUGAGUUGGACAACAGACUCAGUGGAUGGGCAUCCGAAUUGCCAUCUAGACUGCAGCUUCGCAGUGACACACCGAAAGGUCCGAUCUAUGAGUCACUCGCAGAAAUAGACGAAGAUAUUGGUGCGUCUGGUGAGAAACUUGAGUCUUACAUUUUCCAGCUGCAAGCAUUGGCUCUCAAGCUUGCCUAUGAAAAUGCAAGGAUACUGAUACACAGGCCGCUGCUGUCGUACAAAAUGGUCUCACCGCCGACACCAGACUACGGAACGAUUCCCGCUGUACCUGCUCGAUUACCCAACACAGAUCCGUUCCAAUCUUCACUCCUUACCUGUCGAAAUGCAGCACUCGAGACAUCUCGGAUCGGUUCUUUUUCCAUCUUUCGGUUGGCCUCAGGCACGUAUGCGGUUGCUUUCAUCGGCAGUCACCUCCUCACUGCAGGUGUGGCUCUAUGUAUUUUGGCUAGUAUAGACCCACUGAGCAUUUCUUCUCAGGAGUCCAAGAUUGGCAUUCACCGACUAUUGGGAAUGCAAAUGGACCUCAAGAGGAGGUCAGUACUGGCUGCGCAAGGUCUCGAGGUGUUACAAAAAUUGACGAAACUUGUUUUGACCAAAGAACUGGAGAAAAUGCUACAACCAAAAUCCGAUUCACGAUUUGGUGGGACAUACUGUCAGGAGUUGACGACUUCAACCCCAAUGCAGACCGAAGACGGUGGUAGUAUAAGCCAAAAUCAUUCACUCCAACAACCUUCCCCUCAAACCAGUCAGCUUGAUCUAAAUCGGAUGGUCCUUCACCAUCCAGGAAUGGCCACGCAGAGUGCAAGCCAGAGAAGCAACGAUGAUGACAGACCUGAACUUAUGAACUAUGAGUGUUUUGAAGAUCCAAUCGUGACUGCAGCGCUCUUGGAUUUUGAAUCAGCUAUUGCGUCGUCCACCUUUCCUGAUAUCAACAGAAAUACGAACACUGACUCUAAUCAUCAACCAUCCAUCGACGAUUAUUUAGUGGACCCAGAGCAGGCAUGGAUCUGGGCGCCAAAUAAUUUUAACUUGAACUACUAA